AUGUCGACCGAAAAGCACGACAACAAGGUAGAUCGUGAAGAAGAAGAUUUUAGACGACAGGGAUAUUACUGGCAAUAUUUAAUGUCUGAUCCGUCACAGCCCUAUAUGGACGAGGUCAUGGCUGAAGAAGAGGAUGGUGGGGGUGACAACCGGACCAUUGAUGGCGAGGAUGGUGGGGGUGGCAACCGGACCACCGAUGCUGAGGAUGGUGGGGGUGGCAACCAGACCACCGAUGGUGGGGAUGGCAACCGGACCACUGAUGGUGGGGAUGGCAACCGGACCAUCGAUGGUGGGGGUGGCAACCAUACCACCGAUGGCGAGGAUGGUGGGGUGGCAACCGGACCACCAAUGGUGGGGAGGGCAACCGGACCACCGAUGGUGGGGCUGGCAACCUGA